UGGCUAUACCGUCACCGGCGAUCGCGUGUUCGGUCGUUUCAUUUCGUCGGCGAUCGCCGAACCCUUGUGGAAUGACUUUGAGAAUGGAUUGCGUCAUCUUGAAGUGUUAUUGGCCGCGAAUGAGGUGAUUGCGUCGGAUUUUUUCGUUGUUUUGGCGGAGUUUAGGAUCGGUCUCACGAGUCGCGCUUGUUCAGAAAGGUUUUGAUGUGUAUUCCCAGCGUCGCUGGUUGACACGCAUACUCGUGGAUAGAAGGAAGGAAGGAAGGUUUUGCAGCAGCGGGUACGAAAGCUCGCAUGAUGCUGUUUCCUCAUUAGACUUGGAGAACCAAAAUGGAUAAGAGUUUUUGGGUGGCCAAAGGUGCUGAAAGAGAUCCAACAUUUGAUAAUCCCUCCAGGAUUGAAACAAAACGGGCUCAUCGAUGGUUAGCGGAUUCUGGUGAGGCGGAGUUUUUCUCUAGCAAGAAGCAUGCAGUACAAUCUCCAAGUGCCCAGUCAAUUUCCAGAAUUUCACAUUCUGACAUUCCUGCAUGGGAGAGUCUAGCCAGUUUUCAGCCGACAUCCAACCAAUUUGUUGACAGGUUGUUUGGAUCUGAAACUAUAAGGCCUGUUGACUUCGCCGAAAGGAGUAUUUCUCUUGUAGAAAUAGGUGGUGCAAAUUUGAGUGAAAAGGAUUCGGACGAGCAGUUCGACGAUGACAUAUCUGUAGGUUUGUCCAUAUCUCAAUCCACCGAGGACCCAGAGAUGUGUCUCAGCUACAUCGGAAUUAGAAAAGUUAAGGUCAAUCAGGUUAAGGAUUCUGAAACUGGAAUCCACGGCUUGAAGAUUAAUAGCUUUGACAGGGAAAAUCAUAUUGAUAUGCAUAGUGGUCUGGCUUAUGACAGGCGAAACGAGAUGGCCAUUAUACCAAUGGGACAGACCUACAAUAAGGACAUCAAGAAUGUCGAUUUAAUGAGGCACACAUGUGAGGAAUAUGCUCAAAUCAGAUCAAGGGACUCUACAUACCAUAAGGGAGAUCCUACUGUUGUAUCCAUAACUGAUGCAUAUAAGGAGGAAAGCGGCAUUAUCUCCUUUGAUGAUUUUAACUGUCAACGGGACAUCAUUCCUCUAGGAAGAUCAGUUGGUGGCUUAGAUGAGUCAGACAGUCGGUCUUUACUUCAAAUAUCAAAAGCAGAUGGUAGGAAGCAGGUGGAUGCUUCAAAUGUUAAUGUCACAAGGGUGGUCAAGUCUAGAAGUGAUUUUGUUUCCAAGAAUAAGCCAGAGUCAAAACCAUCUAGAAAAGAAACCCCCAAUAGCUUCCCUUCGAAUGUCAGAAGCCUGAUAUCUACUGGCAUGCUUGACGGUGUUCCAGUAAAAUACGUUUCUGUGUCACGUGAGGAGCUUCGGGGAAUCAUAAAGGGUUCUGGCUAUCUUUGUGGGUGUCAAUCAUGCAAUUAUUCGAAGGUAAGACAUUUACUACUGCAUAAGGACAUCAGGGAGUCAUACUCUAUAGAGAGCUUAUACUUUGUCAAUUGCUGUAAGGUGCUUAAUGCUUAUGAAAUUGAGCGACAUGCCGGUUGCAAGACAAAGCAUCCAAACAAUCAUAUAUACUUUGAGAAUGGGAAGACCAUCUAUCAAAUAGUUCAAGAACUACGGAGCACUCCUGAGAGCAUGCUGUUUGAUACAAUUCAGACUGUGUUUGGUGCACCAAUUAAUCAGAAAUCUUUUCGCAUUUGGAAAGAAUCUUACCAAGCAGCAACUCGUGAGCUUCAACGAAUUUAUGGGAAGGAGGAGUUGAAACUGUGAAAGGACUUUUCUAUGUGAGUCUCGAGGAAGUCAACUUGUAAUAUGGUGCAAUCUGGAUGCGGCCCUUGUGCAUAAAGCAUGUCAAUCUUCAGUGUUCUGUGCCUUUUGAUUAUUUGCCUCCAUUAGUUUCCCCUUUUCUUUUCAAUUUGUAGAUUCUGCAAACAUUAGCUUCUUCUGUGGACAAGUAGCUACAAUAGAAAAAGAGGCGGUGCGUCCCUGUUUUAGCUGAAUCACAUGACAACCUCCUGGUGGACUUCUUUUUGGUUGUGAAACGAUAUCAAGCUACUUGCAAGUGAAGGUAUGUAAAUUGCUCUAACAAUGAAAUCCUUUGGACAAGUCUUUGUUGUGUAACCUUUCAUUUCUGCUAAUUAAUGAUGACAUCUCAGCUCGUGUGGCAA